CAUAGGCGUCAGCUGGUUGUUAUAGUAACAGGCGUCAGCAGUUUAGCCGCAGUGUGCGCAAUGGUGCUAAUGGUUAAUAAUGACACAUAAAAGCGUCCACUGAACUCAAACAGCUCAGGUGACGUCAUGAGAUUGGAGAUGAACACAUUGAGCUGACACGCACACAGUGAGAGAUGCCAGCAGUCCGAGCACAGAAAGACCAGUCCGAGUCUUCAUCUGAAGAAGAUGAGCUGGAGUCACAUCCGUGUAUCGGCUGGAGUGGCGUCAGCAGACGGAUUCCUGUGCUGCUGUUCUGUGCCGAAGCCAUCGUGACCAAAGAUGUGAACAUCUGCUCUGUCGGAGAGGAAUAUAAGAUGGCCUUUAAGAUUGUGCGUACGGAGAGCCGUCUUGUGCGUGGACUAUUAGUCAAUCAUGGAUUUCAUGAGGUGCAUCCAAACAGCACAGAUUUUAAUCUGAUGUGGACGGGCUCACACCUCAAGCCUCACCUUCUGCACAGUCUACAGGACUUCCAGAGGGUCAACCACUUUCCCAGGUCGUACGAGCUGACGCGGAAAGAUCGUCUCUACAAAAACAUCCAGAGGAUGCAGCAAACCCACGGCUUUCACAACUUUCACAUCGUACCACAGACCUUCCUUCUUCCGGCCGAGCAUCAAGACUUCAGCAGCUCCUUCAGUAAAGACAAGGGUCCGUGGAUCAUCAAACCCGUGGCGUCCUCCAGGGGUCGAGGCAUCUACCUGAUCAGCAGCUUGAGUCAGAUCGCGCUGGAUGAGAAUGUUCUGGUGUCGCGGUACAUCAGUAAUCCGCUGCUGAUCGACGAUUUUAAUUUCGAUGUGCGUCUGUACGUGCUGGUGACCUCAUACGACCCGCUGAUUGUUUAUCUGUAUGAGGAGGGACUCGCCAGGUUUGCCACAGUGAAGUAUGACCAUGCCACAGCAAACAUCAAGAACCAGUUCAUGCAUCUGACCAACUACAGCGUCAACAAGAAGAGCAGAGACUAUGUCAGCUGCGAUGACCCUGAAGUGGAGGAUUAUGGGAACAAAUGGAGCAUGAGUGCAAUGCUGAGGUAUCUGAGACAGGAGGGCAGAGACACCACAUUGCUGAUGGGACAGAUUGAGGAUCUGAUCAUUAAAGCGGUUCUGAGUGCUGAGAUUCACAUCGCCACAGCCUGUAAGAUGUUCGUCCCUCAUCGGUGGAACUGUUUCGAGCUGUAUGGAUUCGACGUUCUUGUGGAUUCUAACCUCAGACCGUGGCUGUUGGAAGUGAAUCUCUCUCCAUCAUUGGCCUGUGACGCUCCUCUGGAUCUGAAGAUAAAGGCCAGCAUGAUCUCUGAUAUGUUUUCUCUUGUGGGUUUUGUUUGUCAUGAUCCAUCAUCACGACAGUCACGUGCAGACAGAUCUGGAUUGGAUUCAAGAGUGAGAAACUCCAUCCAGAAGCUUCAGCGUCAGAGACUGCCGUCUGUCCACCGGCCCGAGGCUCAGAGAGACAAACAGAUGGACAGCACAGUGGGCCUGACAGCAGAGGAGGUGAAAGUUGUGAGGAGGGUUCAGGAGGAGUACGAGCGCAGGGGUGGGUUUGUUCGGAUCUUCCCCACCGCAGACACCUGGGAGCUGUACAGUGAUUAUCUGGAAUACAAGACAUCUAUGAAUGCCAUGUUGGCUAAGAAACUUUUCCAUGGAAGAUCUGGCCAAACAGCUGCGUCCUCCAAGUCAAGGAUCAGAGUGAAUGAUAAUGUAGCUGUGGCGGCAUUCUACACACAUCAUCUGGUCCAAUAUGAAAGAAAACUUCUUACUUUGGAGGCGCGCAAGCAGAAGCAUAAACCCGGACGAGCCCCCAACAAAAGAAGAGAAGAAGAUGCCAAACUGUCUUCGGCUCACGUCAGUGAGAAUGAGGAGGGGGUGGAGAGGAAGGCGGAGCCUAACUCAUCUCAUUUACAUACAGCAGACGAGCUCCACACACGCAACGCUCCGCUGAAACCCCAAAUCAAUCUGCUACACAUCGUCCAGCAGGGCUGGAGUCUCAGUAAAGUGCAGGCGCGGAUGGUGUUCUCCUGUUAUCUGCAGCGGGUUCAGCUGCGUCUGCUGACCGAGAGCACACAACACAGAGGCUCAGCGUGGACUCGGAAAGAUCACGAUCAGAUGGAGCUGGUUGUGCGUUUUCUGAAGAGGGCCAGCAGUAAUCUACAGCAGGACGUGUGUAUGAUGGACACCGGUCAUCAUCUGUCACUGCCAGACCGCCAGCGUCUCCUCUCGCAUCAGCUGGGAAACUUCAUCCAGCUCUAUCACCAGGAAACCAAGGAAAUGGUGAAGCGUUUGGAAAAGAUUUCAGAUGAAGAUCACUGCAUCAGUUCCAGUGUUUUACAGGAGUUUAUUCUGGAGGCGAGUGAAGGUGAUCUGGAGGAGGUCCUGACGUUCUACAGUCAGAAGAACAAGUCUGCCAGUGUGUUUCUGGGCAGCGGUAAAACGGAGAGGAAGCCUGAUGUUAGACAAGCCACGCACAGUGUGACACACGGGCAGGGUUUCACACAUCAGUCACAUGAAGCGCUUGUGGGUGAUGCCUCUGCUGGUUCAGAGAAUCCAGACACGAUCAUCCAGACCCAAAACACAGACGUCAGCCGUGACACUAAACACAGUAACCCAAACAAAUCUCACACAAUACAACGUGAACGUAGCAGAAACAGAGACGACACAAGCAAUCGGACUCAAGUGACUGACAGCUGUUGUUCUGUGAGGCGGAACAGAAGCACUGAAGAGCAGAACCCAUCACACACGGCGGCUUUAGAAUGUGAACACAUCGUGUUACAGCACAGCCGCCCCCCGCCCUACAUCCGACCCCCUCCACACCCUUUGGACCACACCUCCUCCUUCAGCGGCACACCUCCGACGAUCACAUGGGCUUCAGCGUGCUCUGGUUCUACUGACCCGACGACCUCUCGACCGCAGGAGUCCACCUGUGUGAACGCAUCCGUCUGCAGCAGGAGGUUCUCACGGCCGUCCUCUGCAGGACAAGUGAUGGAGAAGAUGAACGUGAGUAAAUUGAGGCCGGUUUCUGCGCGUGUUGGGAAAGAGAAGGAGUCUCUGUCGGCUCAGGCUCAGUCCAACCAGCAGGACAUCGUGUCUGCUCUGCGUAAACUGCUGGAGAAACAAGCGGCUCGACAGUACAGCUCGUCCAAUCACAUCAGUCUCCUCACACAACACUUGACUAGUCUUAAUCUGACCGGUGGACUCUUCAGUAGAGCAGGUUCUGGGGUUCCUGUAAGAGGCACACAUUUAGACGCGACGGCUGAGAGAUCCAACAUCAGAACUGCAUGUGAAAUCGACUGUGUGUGUGAUGGAGAUGCAGUCAGUGCUCAGUCAGUUGAACAGAAGCAGAGGGCGGCUACCGGCAACUAUCAGCUGCAGUUUGCCAUCCAUCAGCUACAGCAACAGAAACUGAGAUCCAGACAACUGCUGAACCAGAUCCGCACUCGCCAACAGGCCGUUCUGACCGCACACACCCUCGUACCUGCACCUUCAGAUCCAUCUCACGCUCCUGUGAGCCCACCGGACGCUCCUCGUGUCGACCCCACCAUCAGACGCAGACAGAGUCCUGCGAUGCCUGUACUCGCCCCCAAACCGCCCAGCGGCCCGCCCAGAGACGCACGCGCGUGCAGGACCGCCCACUGUCUACACAAGAGAACAUCAGCCGAUCCUCCAGCCUUCAGUGGACAUCAUGUUGUGUAUGACAGUGUGUGUGCAAAGACAGGUCUGUCAAUGUACAGUAAAGUGUUUCACACUCAGGGCUCUAACAACAGAUGAACCAAACCAAAGAUCAACCGUCAGAACACAUCUACUGAAAGCAUCAGUUCACCUGUUCUCUCUACUCACACACAUGAUGGGAAUUCAACACGCACUCCAGAAAUGACUGUGUCUGAGGUUUCAUCAAUGCUUCUCUACUCUUCAUUCUGAGGUCAAAAACUGAGCAGGAGGACUGAAGACUUACAAACAGCCGACACGCAGUCAGAGCUCAUAAAUGUGACGUUUACAUGAACAUGAACUCUUUUUUUAAGUGCCUCUUUCAGAAGUUUGUAAUGCUGGUUUGGACUAAUGAAGUUCAAUGUUCAGUUAGCGGUCCGGUAGAGUUUACCUUCAUGACAGUUUUCUGUAGCUGCUUGAGUAAACAUAAAGUCAGUUUUACUCAGUAAUAUUUGAGUAAUGUUGGGUCCUGGUAACACUUGACAAACAUGACACAAAAAUCCUCGUGUAUAAACACAUUUGUUGGUGUUUUGGCUCGUUGUGUUUUCAGGAAGAAUGAAACCUUUAAUUCUACUCGUUAUGGCAAAAUGAUAACAUUUAGUAAAACACUUGGCCAAAAUGUGUCUAAUCAUUGGGCCUUGUUUAUGAAAUAUAAGCAGAAUAAAUGUAGAAUUCUUUCUCUAAACCAAUCAUAAGCCAAUAAUAAAACUUUUGCAAAGAAACAUUUGUGUACACAGAUGUACACGGUUUUGGAUAGUUCAUAAAAUAACUUUGGUUUAGCCGUUGAAUUUAUUUCCAGCUGCAUUCAAUUCACACCUGCUCAUGUUUCAUAAAUGAAGCUUAUAAUGGAAAAGCAAUAUUUGUGAAGUUGUUAUUCAGUUUAGUUUGUUCUUAUAUUUCUUGUGUUUUUAUUAUCUGUCCUGAAUUUACUUGAAUUUCCAAUUUUAUCAGUGACCAAAAAUGAGAAAUGGAACUUGAUCUUUAAAUAACAUCGUAAGUACCUUGUCAUGUUCACAUUUAUGCUACCAGUUGUGUGAGUAAAACUGUUGGAAAACAUUUCAAGAUGUGAAUUAGUUACAUCUGUGACCUCUGUUUUACCCGAGGAAAAUUAUUAAAAUAUAUUUUCUUGCAUGUUGAUUG